CUUGAGGAGUAGGAGCAGUAUUACUGCUAGUAGUACACGUUUCAGUGUGCUGGUAAGCUGAAGGUUCAUUUCUGGGGUAAGUACACCUGGGUGCACUGUUAGGUGGAAUGUCUUUUUUAAAAUGUUUUCCAACUUUUAAUGUCUUAUCAAAAUGUUCUUCUGCUUUUUAUCCCUUUUUAAAGUUUGCCUUCUCUUAUGUAAAAUGAAUAACAAAUGUUUCUGUGGUAUUGUUUUCAUGGUAAUAAUUUGUCUCACAUUAGUUAUAAAAUGUACAAACAUACUGUGGUAAUUAACAAUAUAUCAUGAUUAAGAUUUUCACAGCACUAGCUUUCCCCAAGAAGAGCUUCUGUCAUUGUUUCACUGCAGGGCUUUUGCAGCUGCUUUUAUGUUUAGUAACAAACUUGCAGCAGGGUGUUCCCUAAUUUCUGUAGUGUCAUCUCAAUUACUCCCAGCCAAACUGCUGAAUGGAAGUGGGAAGGGAAAGGAAAAAACAAACCAACUUGACAAGGCUGGGAGCUACGACUGCAAUUGAUCUUCAAUUUGGAUAAUUUAAAGUCAUCUGUGGACAUUGCCUGUUUGCAGACAACCUUAUUCAUUUCUCUGAAUAAGGAGCAAUAUCCUCUUACUUCUAACAUUUGGCAUGAAAAAUUAGUCUUUACCAUCCCUCCUCCCUGUUUUUUUAGUGGCAUGCCUCAUGGAUAUGCCUGUGCUGUCUCCUCUGGUACAUUGGUGCUUUCUUGUGUUGUUAUGCCCUUUCAAUCACCUGAAGGUGAAAAGGGAGAUCAGGAAAAGCACUUGACUUCGUGUAUUGGUGAAAACUGGCAAAAUGGAGUUAAACAAUUAUAUUAAACUUCAAAAACUUGGGGUGUCUGUGACCUUAAAAUGCCAGCCAACAGCUGUGGCUUCGCUAAUGAACAUUGUGAUGGUUAUAACCAGAAAGGCCUCUGUCUUCUUUUUCAGUUGAUACCAGAUCCUUCAAGGGUCUUGCUCUUAUUUUACUUCGUUCAUCCGACGCUACCUAAAUCUGUAAAAUGCUCAGAUAGCUGCAUGUGUCAGACUGCCUUGUCAUAACCAUCAGAAUGUGUGAGUACGGGUGAGAUUUUUUUAUCUCCCAGAAAUAUUCGCUGCCAUUUAAUCAGCUGCCAGAACUUCACAUUGAGAUGAAGAAGCAGAGAAGUUUUGUUUAUGACUGAACAUAGUUUAACUCCAGGUCUGAACAUUGUACCCAUUUGCAACUGUUCAGAGCUAUUCUUCCUGUCUGGGAGAUGGGGAAACUUGCCAUCUUAGUGGAGUACAGCUUGACAGUUUGGUCAGUUAUUGGAGGGGGGAGCGGUAAGCUGGUGGAGGUAAGUUUCCCAUUUCCCAGCUGGCUCCAGUUGCAGCCCGCCCCGUGGCACGCUGGCUGCGGUGGGGAUGCCCGCGCUGCAGUGGGACCAGUGACAGAAGCUGUUCUUUAGAAUUUUCAGGAUGGCUGUUUUCUGCGUCAGAAUGAGGCAGUCCUGCUGGGCAGAGCCAACGCCAAGAGCGAAGGUAAGGUAAUGUUUAUUCAAUGAGAAUGCUUAGACAGCCAAGCAGCUAGUACCGUCUACUACAGUAAUAGUCACAGGAAUUCCUUUUUUCCAUUAGAUCGUUUUAAGUUUGUACUACAGCUUUCUUGUUUUGUAAAUAACUUUGUGCUGGAUUCUUUUCAUUAAAUUAGUUUGAAUUCAAGUAGUAUGUGCUUAUAUGUAAAUGUUAAUUCUGUGUGACUUCUUUCCGUUCCCUUUUCAAAAUUCUUUAAUCUGCUCUUUCCUCUUUCUUUCUUCUGGAAAAAAAAAAAAAUGGGGUUUAAUGUCUGGUCUCUAUUUCAUCAUGGGAGAUGCUGAUUCUAUAAAACAGUGCUGAAAAAAAAAAUGCACUAAAAAGUUUUGGGAGGAAUGAGACCCCAGGAAACAUCUGCUAUCUUUAUACAUCCUCUCUUGGAGACCUUCAGCAAUGCUGUGGUGUGCGAGAAAAGGCUUGCAGUCUGCGACCAUGCUGAGUUACAGCUCGUGAGGAAAAGGGGGAUUUUCACCCCAGUGCUCAGUGACUCGGUUGCAUAUGUUGGAUUGAAUACUGGAAAAAAAGAAGUCAGUAAUCUUCUUAGUAACUGCAAACCAACUGUAUGCAGUUGUCGUCCAAACAGUGGAUGUAAAACUAAAUCCGAGUAAGGAGAAAGGUGGAGUGCAAUAGAUCUGUGAAUGUGAGCCCCUCACAUUUGUUCAGGGAUCGAUAUGUAAAUUUUCUCAGUUGCCAUUCUAGAAACCAAUGGACAUCUGGCUUUAAUUCACACCUGUGAAAACGAAAGAGCAAAAUUAUUGACAGCAUGUUUCCUUGGUUCUGACACGCAGAAUUAUUUUCCUCAGAACAGAUGAGUUCGAUCUCCAUUUUUUUCCUGUUAUUUGGUGCUGGGCUAUAGCUUUCAAUACCUUUGCUGAAAUAGUGGGGUUUUGUUUUUUUCCAUCUCUCUUCAAACUAUAAAACUAUGCAGAACUCUUAUUUACAAAACGUGAUUUAGUCAAGAGGACUUCAAAGGACUGUGAUGAAAAAGGCUUCUCACAUAUUUUCUUUGGUCUAAAAUUUUUUUUGGUUGCUUUCCAUUGUGGGCAAAGGUAAUUCUGCUCUGUAGUAGCAUCUCAAAAGCACCAGUAUCUUAAAGCAUCUUGUUGAAAAGCUGUCUAGGAAAGCUCAUUUUGUUACCUACGAAGCCUUACGAUAGCGUACAUUUUAAAGCAGAUUUCAGAAUUUGUGCAGCCUCGGAAGCCUCCCCUGUUGGCAUCUGCAAAUUUGACUUCCUUUGGACUUCAUGAAAACACACUGUUCUGUUCUUGUAUUUUAUAAUUGUGUAUAGUUUCAAUUAUAGUUUAUGUUAGAGGCUAAAACUGUUAAAUAUUAACCCUUCAUAAUUAUCUUGUAUGUGCAGAUUGUAUAUUUAUACAAUUCUCUACCUGUUGUACUGUGUUUGUGAGAUGUUACCGUUUAAGAUGACGCUUUAUUUCAAAUAAAAACCUGUUGUUUCUCAGUCAAUAGUAUUUAAUAUUGCUGAUGAUUGUGAGUUGUAUGAUGUUAUAUUGUGCCGUUGGACCACAGAGAGCUCGAGGUGGGAAUUGGUGGUUCUGUGGGCUACGUUCUUUCUGCAGGUCAUAUUUGCAAUGUGAUUCCUGAGGUAAAGUGUUCAUGUUUGGGGGGAAAGGGUACGGGAGGGAUUGAAUGGUUAAUUUGUUUCUUUCCUUUUUAUUUUCCCUGCCCCAAUGAUUUGUGGCGUUGCGUACCUUGUGCUUUCUGCUUGUUUUUUCUUUACGAUUAAACUGCUGAUGUUUAUUUCCAGGAAUGUUUUGCAAAUGUCCUUCUCACUCUUCCCCUCCACAACUGUAGGCGUUCGUUGUGAAACAUCUUUUGGAGUACACCCAACAGAGUGAGUCCAACCUGCAGUACAGCUUGUUUUUAGUUUUUGGCAUCUUUAUGACGGAAGUAGUGCGGUCUUGGUCCCUCGCACUAACGUGGGCCUUGAACUACCGCACGGGGGUGAGACUGCGUGGAGCUGUCCUGACAAUGGCAUUUAAGAAAAUCCUCAAGCUGAAGAACAUCAAGGAGAAGUCUCUUGGCGAGCUCAUAAAUGUGUGUUCCAAUGACGGUCAAAGGAUGUUUGAAGCUGCAGCAGUUGGCAGUUUGUUGGCUGGGGGCCCUAUCGUGGCCAUCUUAGGAAUGGUUUACAAUGUAAUUAUUCUGGGCCCAACAGGCUUCUUGGGCUCUGCUGUCUUCAUCCUUUUCUACCCAGCAAUGAUGUUUGUAUCACGCCUCACUGCUUAUUUCAGAAGAAAAUGUGUAUCAACAACAGAUGAACGUGUGCAGAAGAUGAAUGAAGUUCUUAAUUACAUAAAGUUCAUUAAAAUGUAUGCCUGGGUCAAACCAUUUUCUCAGAAUGUUCAAAAAAUUCGUGAGGAAGAACGUAAAAUCUUGGAGCGUGCGGGCUACUUCCAGAGCAUCACUGUGGGAGUGGCUCCCAUAGUCGUAGUCAUUGCCAGCGUGGUGACCUUUUCUGUCCAUAUGAUACUUGGCUAUGAUCUUACUGCAGCUCAGGCAUUCACAGUGGUCACUGUCUUUAAUUCGAUGACUUUUGCUCUAAAAGUAACACCUUUCUCAGUGAAGUCUUUAUCUGAGGCAUCUGUUUCUGUUGACAGAUUUAAGAGUUUAUUUCUAAUGGAAGAGGUUCAUAUGAUAAAGAAAAAACCAGCCAAUCCUCACACCGCGAUAGAGGUGAAAAAUGCUACCUUGGCUUGGGACUUCUCCCACGCCAGCGUCCAGAGCUCACCAAAGUUGACCCCCAAAGUGAAAAAAGACAAGAAAGUAACCAAGGGCAAGAAAGAGAAAAUGAAGCUGCAGAAUGAGGGACAGCAAGCUGUGCUGGCAGAACAGAAGGGCCAUCUUCUAGUGGACAGUGAUGACCAUCCUAGCCCCGAAGAGGAGAACAGAAUCAUCCACUUGGUUAACCUUCGGCUUCAGAGGACUCUGUACAACAUUGACUUGGAGAUAGAAAAGGGAAAACUUGUUGGAAUUUGUGGCAGUGUGGGGAGUGGAAAAACUUCACUUAUUUCAGCAAUUUUAGGACAGAUGACCCUUUUGGAGGGUAGCAUUGCAGUAAGUGGAACAUUUGCAUAUGUGGCCCAGCAGGCCUGGAUUCUCAAUGCCACGCUUCGGGACAACAUCCUUUUUGGCAAAGAGUACGAUGAAGAAAGAUAUAAUACUGUGUUGAAUGGUUGCUGUCUAAGACCUGACCUAGCCAUCCUUCCAAAUGGGGACCUGACAGAGAUCGGUGAACGAGGGGCUAAUCUGAGUGGAGGACAGCGUCAGAGAAUCAGUCUGGCUCGAGCCCUGUACAGUGAUAGGGACAUCUACAUCCUCGAUGAUCCCCUUAGUGCCUUAGAUGCUCAUGUUGGAAAUCACAUUUUUAACAGUGCAAUAAGGAAGCACUUGAAGUCAAAGACUGUCCUUUUCAUCACUCAUCAGCUUCAGUAUCUUGUUGACUGUGAUGAAGUGAUCUUCAUGAAAGAAGGUUGCAUUACUGAACGAGGAAGUCACGAGGAAUUAAUGAAUUUAAGUGGGGACUAUGCAACCAUUUUUAAUAACCUACAACUGGGAGAAACACCACAUAUUGAGAUUAACAUAAAGAAGAACACAAACAGUUCACUGAAAAGACCCCAGGAUAAAGGUACCAAAGCGGGCUCUGUGAAGAAGGAGAAGGUUGUGAAGAAGGAAGAGGGCCAACUGGUUCAGUUGGAAGAGAAAGGCAAAGGCUCUGUCCCCUGGUCUGUUUAUGGCAUCUACAUUCAGGCAGCUGGAGGCCCCUUUGCAUUCCUUGUGAUAAUGGCACUAUUUGUGCUGAACGUGGGCAGUACGGCUUUUAGCAACUGGUGGCUGAGUUUCUGGAUCAAGCAAGGCAGCGGAAACACCACUGUGACUUUGGGAAAUGACACUGUCAUAAGUAACAGCAUGAAAGAUAACCCCCACAUGCACUACUAUGCUGGCAUCUAUGCACUGUCUAUGGCAGUGAUGUUGAUUCUGAAAGCUGUUCGUGGUGUUGUUUUUGUAAAGGGAACUCUGAGAGCAUCCUCGAGGCUCCAUGAUGAGCUCUUCAGGCGGAUUCUGCGUAGCCCCAUGAAGUUCUUUGACACUACUCCUACUGGACGGAUUCUCAACAGGUUUUCCAAAGACAUGGAUGAAGUGGAUGUUCGUUUGCCAUUUCAAGCAGAAAUGUUCAUCCAGAACGUUAUCCUUGUGUUCUUCUGUGUGGGGGUGAUUUCUGGGGUGUUCCCUUGGUUCCUGGUGGCAGUGGGUCCCCUCAUUGUCCUGUUCAUGGUUCUGCAUGCUGUGUCUAGAGUCUUUAUUCGAGAGCUUAAGCGUCUGGAUAACAUCACACAGUCUCCGUUCCUGUCUCACAUUACAUCUAGCAUACAGGGUCUCUCCACGAUCCAUGCAUACCACAAAGGACAGGAAUUCCUGCACAGGUAUCAGGAGCUCCUUGAUGACAAUCAGGCACCGUUUUACCUGUUCAGCUGUGCAAUGCGCUGGCUGGCUGUACGGCUGGACAUUAUCAGCAUUGCUCUUAUCACAACCACUGGCCUUAUGAUUGUUCUGAUGCAUGGCCAGAUUCCUCCAGCCUAUGCUGGACUGGCUAUCUCAUACGCUGUGCAAUUAACAGGGUUAUUCCAGUUUACAGUCAGACUUGCUUCAGAAACAGAAGCUCGCUUCACAUCAGUGGAGAGGAUUGAUCACUACAUCAAGACUCUUUCCCUGGAAGCUCCUGCUCGAAUUAAGAAUAAAACUCCCCCUCUGGACUGGCCGCAGGAAGGUGAAGUUGUUUUUGAAAAUGCAGAGAUGCGGUACCGAGAAAAUCUCCCUCUGGUACUUAAAAAAGUGUCCUUUACCAUCAAACCGAAGGAAAAGAUUGGCAUUGUGGGAAGGACAGGCUCGGGGAAGUCUUCCCUUGGAAUGGCACUCUUUCGUUUGGUUGAACUGUCUGGAGGCUGCAUUAAAAUUGAUGGAGUGAAAAUAAACGACAUUGGUUUGGCAGAUCUUCGCAGCAAACUCUCAAUAAUCCCUCAGGAACCUGUGCUGUUCAGUGGCACUGUAAGAUCAAACUUGGAUCCUUUCAAUCAAUACAGUGAGGAGCAAAUCUGGGUUGCUUUGGAAAGGACUCACAUGAAGGAGUGUGUUGCCCAGCUGCCUAUGAAACUCGACUCGGAAGUAAUGGAAAAUGGGGAAAACUUUUCAGUUGGAGAGAGGCAGUUACUGUGCAUAGCUCGAGCUCUGCUGCGUCGCUGCAAGAUUUUGAUACUGGAUGAAGCAACAGCUGCUAUGGACACAGAGACCGACUUGCUGAUUCAGGAGACCAUCAGAGAGGCAUUUGCAGACUGCACUAUGUUAACAAUUGCUCAUCGCCUGCAUACUGUGCUGGGUUCCGAUCGGAUCAUGGUGCUAACACAAGGACAGGUAGUGGAAUUUGACACGCCGUCUGCCCUUCUGGCCAAUGAGAACUCGCGCUUCUAUGCUAUGUUUGCUGCUGCAGAGAACAAGGCUGGGAGUUCCUUCAGCUUUCCCGAUGCCAGCCCUGGCUCUUGCCAGCAGUGACCCAGAAAGCUAACUUGCAGAAAGUUCACCCUCCAAAAUCAGG